AUGCCAUUAGGGAGCGUCUGUGUGUGCUCAGUCGUGUCUGACUCUGCAACCCUAAUGGACUGCAGCCCACCAGGCGACAAUACUGGUCUGGGUUGCUAUGCCCUCCAGGGGAUCUUCCUGACCCAGGGAUUGAACCAGUCUCUUGCAUUGCAGGCAGAUUCUUUACCCACUGAGCCACCUGGGAAGCUCCUACAUGUCAUUCAUUAUAUAUUUGCCCAAACCCAUAGAAUGCACAACACCAAGAGUAAACUUGUUUUUAAGAUAAACUAUGAACUUUGGAUGGUGACUGCAACUAUGAAAUAA